AUGGCUGCCUUAAACCACACUGGUGUUAGCCACACAGUCUUCUACUUACUGGGCAUCCCUGGUCUAGAGGAUCAGCAUAUGUGGAUUUCCAUCCCAUUCUUCAUUUCCUAUACCAUCGCCCUGCUUGGGAACAGUCUGCUCGUCAGCAUUAUCCUCACGAAGCGCAGCCUCCACGAGCCCAUGUACCUCUUCCUCUGCAUGCUGGCCGGAGCAGACCUUGUCCUCUCCACGUGCACAGUACCUCAGACCCUGGCCAUCUUCUGGUUCUGUGCUGGGGAGAUCUCUCUUGAUCGUUGCAUUACUCAGGUAUUCUUCCUCUCCUCCACCUUCAUCUCUGAGUCAGGGAUCUUGCUGGUGAUGGCGUUUGACCGCUACAUUGCCAUAUGCUACCCAGUGAGAUACAUCACUAUUCUUACACAUGCACUGAUCGGGAAAAUUGGUGUGACUAUCUUUUUGAGAAGUUAUGGUACAAUUUUGCCCAUAGUAUUUCCUCUGAAGAGGCUAACUUUCUGCCAGAGUAACAUCCUCCCAAACACGGCUUGUAAGCACAUUGUUUUGGCUCAUGUUUCCUGUGAUGAUAUACACGUAAACAUUUGGUAUGUUUUUUCUGUCCUAAUGUCAACUUUGGUCAUAGAUGUUGUACUAAUUUUUAUUUCUUAUGUGCUGAUUCUCCGUGCUGUCUUCUGCAUUCCAACCCAAGAUGCUCACCACAAGGCUCUCAACACAUGUGGUGCCCAUAUCUGUGUCAUCAUCCUUUUCUAUGCACCUGGCAUCUUUUCAGUCCUCACUCAGAGAUUUGGACAUCACAUCUCACCCCAUAUCCAUGUCCUGCUGGCCAAUGUCUAUAUUCUGGCUCCACCUAUGCUGAAUCCCAUAAUUUAUGGGGUCAAGACCAAACAGAUCAGGGACCAGGUGGUUCGUGUGUUCUUUAGAAAGCAGAAAUAA